GAUCAUCAGGGCACUGAUGAUCAGUGUGCGCUCAUGAUCAGUGUAGCCCCAGCAGUGCCACCUGUCGGUGUCCAUCAAUGCCACAUAUCAGUGCCCACCAGUGCACAUCAAUGCCACAUAUCAGUGCCCAUCUGAGCUGCCUGUCAGUGCCACCUAUCAGUGCGCAUCAGUGCCGCCUAACAGUGCCAUCAGUGCCGCCUAUCAGUGCUGCCUAUCACUGCCAUGUGAGUGCUGCCUUUCAGUGCCCAUCAGUGAUGCCUGUCAAUGCCCAUCAGUGCCACCUACCAGUGCCUCCUCAUCAGUGGCCAUCAGUGCAGCCUAUCAGUGCCCAUGACCGCAGCCUCAUUAGCGCACAUCAGUGAAG